CAGGUAGUCCUGUGCAUGACACGCAAUUGAAUUUCCUGUAGGAACUAAUGUACUCAGACCGUGACUGAAGCAAGGCCGAUUGAUUAUAUUCGUAGCAAACAGGAAUUUAACUACAUCAUUUGUGUUCAGAUGAUCCGAGCAAAGAACAAAAAGAAGAGUUCUUGGGGGAGAUAGAGCAGAUGAAGCUGUUGGGCUCACACCAUAAUAUUGUAUCCCUGGUUGGUUGUUGCACUUUGCAGGAGCACAAGUUCCCGGUGAUAGAGUACGUUCCGUUUGGUGAUCUGUUGCAGUGGUUACGACGCAGGAGGCCAUCGAUCAAUCGAAACCAAGGCACUGAUGGUUACGAGGAGAAGAAAUAUUAUGAAGAGAAGGAAAUAUUCAAUGCUCAAAAAGAAUUGAGCGAAUGUGACCAAGACCUCAAGAACGUGAAUGGAGUGAUCGGAGUUAACUAUGGUGUGAUGUGGCCUUUGACUUUCACCGAUACCCGUAUUACAUGGUGGGUCAAUAUUUUUUUUUUUGCCAUUCAGGAAAAAGAAGAUGAUACUCAGGAUGGGAUCGAUCAAGAUCAACCACUGCAAGAGCAAACUUUGCUGAUGAUGGAAUCGACUUCGUCACGAGAUAACAGAGAUAUCAUCCUUGAUGUAACCCUAUUCUCUGAGAAUCCUGCUGAAGAAAACAGCGAUGAUGUACUGGCUCAGGAAAACUUCGAACUGAUGCCGAUACCAUCGACAUCACAGGAAAACAGCAACGCUGGCGCCAUAUUGGUAUCGACUGAAAAUAUUGAUGAUGUUGACGACGACGAAGACGACUUUCUAUAUCAGGAAAACAUCGAACUGAUGCCGAUGGCACCGACAUCAAAGGAAAACAGCAAUGCUGCCGCCAUAUUGAUAUCAAGUGAAAGUAUUGAUGAUGACGACAUCAAAGAAGACGGUUUCCCGGAUCAGGAAGGAAUGGAACUGCUGCCGAUGCCAUCGACAUCACAGGGAAACAGCAACGCUCUCACCAUAUUGAAAUCAUCUGAAAAUAAUGAUGAUGACGAUGACGAAGAAGAAGCAGACAGCUUAACUACUCAAAAGCUGUUUUCGUUUGCUCGGCAAAUAGCAAAGGGAAUGAAUCAUCUUGCAGAGAAAGGCUUCAUUCAUCGUGACCUUGCAGCUCGUAAUAUUCUGGUUGGCAGUGAUAACCGAGUCAAAGUCAAACCGAGUCUGUCUCAUCAACCCAAAGUCAAAGACUUUGGGUUGAUGAGACAGAUCUACGAAGACGUGUACAGUGGAAAGAAUACGAAGAAGCUUCCUGUGAAAUGGAUGACCCCAGAAUCAAUUAAUGACAGCAUUUACACCAUCAAGAGUGAUGUCUGGUCCUUUGGCAUAAUUCUUUGGGAAAUGGCCACCAUGGGAGGUGUCCCUUAUCCCACGUUAACCAAUCGAGAGCUGUGUGGACUUUUGAAGACUGGUUAUCGCAUGGAAAGGCCUGAUAUGUGUUCUUCCACUCGUGUUUCUAUAAUUGAUCAGUUUUGUUCCGCAAUGCAGCUACUUAACGUUUUGUCAUCUUCUUAUAGAUAUGAACUGAUGUCUGAGUGCUGGAAUGAAGAUCCAUCCUCUCGUCCCAGUUUCUCGGAGUUGAUUGACCGACUGGAGGUGAUGAUGACGAGGAAUGUACCAUAUUGUGACUUGGACAGGCAUGAUGAGUCACGCCCCUACUACAACCUGCCCGUUAACGCUCAGCGGAUAAGAAAGUGACAGAAGGGUCUACAGGAUGAUGCACUUAGGACGAGAACUUUAAAAGGCCAUACUUAACCUUUUAUAGGAUAAAAACUAGCGACAAGUCAAAAAUUGGUUAAAAUUUUUGCAUAUAUGUCAUUGAGUAAAAUCAAGAUACAAUAAUUUUAAAAGGGAUAAAAUAUAAGUGCUAAUCUAACAUACAAAAGGCUAGAUAAGACAAUAGGACUAUGUAAAAAACUUCAAAUGAUAUAAUUAAUAUAAGAUAUAUUAUAAUCUGCGCUACAAACAUAACUUUGUGCCGAUGGUGUGAGACUGCUUGUUCAAAGUUGGCUUUAGGUCCUUUAUAAAAAGCAUGUCAUAAAUGAAGCAGUGAAAUUUAACUUGAAAAAGGAAAAAAAUGCCUAUAUAUAUAAACCAGACUUCAAUCAUAAACAGAACUAGUUGAGAUAAGUCGAGCGUCGUGCAGAUAAUAAUUUUCAUUCAAAAGCUACAUCCAAAAAAAUUAAACCUUGUUCUCAUCUUCAAACGACUCAUACCGUUCAAUGUUAUUUAAGAGCAAAUUCCCACAAAAAUCAAACAAAAUCAAAUUUCUUCGGCAAGGCUAGAAAAUUCAAAUUCAUUCGUCUUUUGCAUGUAGCUAGCAACUAGCAAGAGUGCAAACAGGCUGUAGUUUUUUCGGGCGUCGAUAAAACCUGGAACAUGGAGCAUUC